CGUGAUUGGCUGCAAAUCAACUCGUCCCUGCCGUGCAACGUCCACCGCGAGCCUCAUCACCUUGAAGAGAACGGUAGCACCGUUUUAGAUAAACCUCAUCACCAUCCUUAUUUUUGAUUCUGUUUGAGUAAAAGACUCUUCGCGUGGGUUGUGCACGUUUUCGUCUUCUUGCACUGGCGGCUCGCUUCGACGAUGGCCGAGAGCGAGGCAGAUACGCCGAGCACGCCGAUUGAGUUUGAGAGUAAAUAUUUCGAGUUUGAUGGAGUGCGGCUGCCGCCCUUCUGCAGAGGGAAGAUGGAGGAGAUCGCGAACUUCUCCCUCAGAAGUAGCGACAUAUGGAUUGUCACCUACCCAAAGUCAGGCACCAGUCUACUUCAAGAGGUUGUAUAUUUAGUGAGCCAGGGAGCAGACCCAGAUGAGAUUGGUCUUAUGAACAUCGAUGAACAGUUGCCUGUCUUAGAGUACCCUCAACCUGGUCUGGAUAUCAUACAGGAACUGACGUCCCCUCGUCUGAUCAAAAGCCAUCUUCCCUAUCGAUUCCUUCCUACAGCCAUGCACAGUGGAGAGGCCAAGGUGAUCUACAUGGCUCGGAACCCUAAGGACCUGGUGGUGUCCUACUAUCAGUUCCACCGCUCUCUCAGGACCAUGAGCUACCGGGGAACCUUCCAGGAGUUUUGCCGGCGCUUCAUGAAUGACAAGUUGGGAUAUGGAUCCUGGUUUGAACACGUUCAGGAAUUUUGGGAGCAUCGUAUGGACUCUAAUGUCCUGUUCUUGAAAUAUGAAGACAUGUACAAGGAUCUGGGGACGUUGGUGGAGCAAUUAGCCCGGUUCCUGGGUGUUUCCUGUGACAAGGCCCAAGUGGAGGGCAUGGUGGAGAGCUGCAACCAGCUCAUUGAGCAAUGUUGCAACUCUGAGGCGCUGUCCAUCUGCAGGGGUCGUGUGGGUCUGUGGAAGGACAUUUUCACAGUAUCUAUGAAUGAAAAGUUUGACGCAGUGUAUAGACAGAAGAUGGGCAAAUCUGACCUGACCUUUGACUUCUGCCUGUGAGGAACGCCUCCUGCUAAAACUCCACACUCCUACAUCAUCAUUCAGUCAAUCAGUCUAAAGUUUUGGGAUUGCACAGCAAGACUUCACCAAGAAUGCAGUCUGUCUCAAGUCAACAAGACAUUAAAAAUCACACCUUUGCGGACUGAUCAAAAUGAAUCCACAGUUACAAAAAUUUUAUUGAAAUUUCUCAAUCAAUAGUUUAGCCAAGCCUCCCUCAACCCCUACUUCCACAGUAUCAUGGUAGGUUCCUACUGCUGUAUGUGUGUAGUGACCAGGGUUCAACUGAUGUCGAUUUUUGAAGGCUGAGCUGAAUUAUUGGUCAACAUUUAUAUUCACCAUCCUAUAACAUAGCAACUUUCAUAAUAGAGGUUCAAGCAAGAUGCAGAUACUUGUGACCGAAGCACACUGAAAAUCACAUGCUAAUGUGGCUCCACAGUUUCUCCUCUAAGGUAUUCAUUGUGUGGCAUCCAUUUUUACUCAUGAAAAGUUACAGAGGCAGCUUUGAACAAUGAAAAAAGAGAGAUUUAGAGAGUCCUUUCAAACAGUGUUGUGGACUUAUCCCUUCCAAAAGCAUUGAAUGGAACCAAUUGAGGUGGUCUGGACAUCUGAGUAGGAUGCACCUGUGUAGGUGCUUCAGGUAUGUCUAACUGGGAGGAGACUCAGGGCAGACGUAGAACAUGCUGGACGGAUUACACAUCCCAUUUGGCCUGGGAAUGCUUUGGAAUCCCUCAGGAAGGACUAGAGGAAGAAGCUAGGGAGAGUUGCAUAUGGGCUAUUUUGCUUAGCUUGCAGCUUAACAUUCAGGUUAUAUAAAAAUGUAGGGAGUUAUAAAAAAAAACAUUAGUUUUUUUUUUUUUUUUUUUCCCCUUUUGCACAGAGGCCUCUGUGGCCACAAUUGGAAUUGCUUUAACUAGAGAGAGGAGGUGGCAGUUAGGCCAUUUGGAAGAAUACUUUUGAGCUGACAAGAAGAGUUUCACUGGUCAACUGGUCCUGUGCUAAUACUAAGCUAUCUGUCUUGUCUUAAACAUGAUCCUACCAUUCUGAAACAUCCAGUUGAAGUCUCCAGUCUGCAACAGCAGGUUCCUCUCCUUCCCAUUCAGGAUCAGACUCUGGUGCAUAUACCUCUAUUUUCUGUCUUGCUUUUACAGUUGCAGCCUUUACACAAGGUAAAGCUCGACAAUAGGAGGAGGACUUGCAUUAUUCAUUAGGUCCUAUUCUGAUCAGUGUAAGUGCUCGUAUAUAGUGUAGAUCUUAUGCUAAUAAUUUCUGAUAUAGCCUGGCAGAGGAUGGGGGGAAUCUGGGCUGUUUGUAAAGAUGGAUUUAGAGAAAUUUGAACAUUAGGUGACUUUAAUGUCACAGAUAAGUAUAAACUACACUCAAUAUUUACAUAAAUAAGUGAAAAAGAGAAUAAUGCCAUCUCCUUAUGCUAUGUUUUGAUAACAGGCAACUUGUGUGCAGAUGGUCAAUCAGAGCUUUACUAAAAACAGCUGCCUGCUGCCACUGGAAUAAGGUUGAAACAGUAAAACAACAAAUCAGAAAAUCCAAACAAGGUGCUAGUAGAUUCUAAAAUGCCCUGGAGAACUGGGGGGUACAGCAGGGUGAUAAUUCUCUGUGGGGUCCUGGCAACCACUUUCACAUUACACAUAGUCAUGUGUCCCACUUUUAUUAAUGCAGCUGUAAAGUUACAUUUAACCUAAAACAUAUCUUAUGUUUAACGUGUGUGAUGUCUGCUGCGUGAUUUCUCAAUGCCUAGUUCACUUUUUUAAAUAUGCCAUAGCACCUAGACUUCAGAAGUACCCCAAAUCUAUUUUAAAAAUUUUAAUGCAAGUCAUGCAGCCAGUCACUGCUUUGACUUGUGCAGUGCAUAAUGGCCACAGAUAUCCACAUGUUGCCUCUGUAAUUAUUUCCAAUGUUUCUGGCUGUCAGGUGGAUAUGCAGUACCCUCUGAAACACGUAUGCCUUCAAGGGACACUAAACCUCCCCAGGGAAGCCCAGAGUAGUGAAACAGUUUUACAGUUAAUACAGUAACUGCAGGUCAGGCUACACACAACUAUUUAUUUGUGGGGAAACUGGAAUGCAUUACUGCCUGUAAGCAGGGAAUUUACUCAUCCAGCAACACUGUGCUGGUGCUGGGAUGUCGUUUGCUGAGAAAACAUACAGUAGCUAAAUAGAAAACACAAUGCUGAAAGUGAACGGCAGGUUUCACCUAGUUCAUUCACAUAUACAGUAUGUCCCUCUACUCUGCCAAACUGUUAUAUUGGUCUAACUCUGAUGCUGAAUUCAUUAGAUGUUACUCCAAGCUGGGUAGUAAACUGUAAGAGGCAAAGCCAAAACCUGUAGAGAAGAAGCUUCUCAUGCCAGCAUCAACACAGCAGCUCACUAUCACAGUGGGGAGGGUGAAGCGUGGUGGAUGAUCAUUGUUUUUGUUAUUUGUUUAAGGGUGCUGCAGGAUUUCCAGUCACCAUCACUGAUUGUCAUCAGACUGUGUAUGAGCUUGUAUAUGUGUGUGUGUUUGGGAAAAAGAGGGAGAGAGAAAGUUCCUAAACCCUUUUAGAAAUCAAAUUCAAGAACUCAUCAAUGAUUUUUAAACUCACUAUGUGUAGAAUAUGAAAACAUCCAACUUUGGCACCCCCAAGUGGUACAAUCAAAAAACACAAGAUCAGACCCAGAGGCACUGAGGUGAACAAUGCUGAAACACUCCAGGCUAUAUGACCCAGGUAGGUCAUUUGUCCCUUCCAUUGCCUGAAAUAGCACCACUAUGUUGCCAGGCAGAAUUGCACAAAUUCUGCCAACAUUAACAACAACACAGGGAGCUUCUCAUAUGACUGUUCUAUGGGCCUCAACCAUGCUCAGCUCAGAGGUUGUUCCAAUAUGACAGGCUGUUCCAAGUCUCUUAUAUUGGCUCUGAGAAGUGAGGAGGCUGCUGGGGCAGCCCUGAGUGAGGAUACACAAGUCCAUCCUUUGUGGAAGUUUCUUAUGUACCGACAUGCCCCGUUAUCAGAAAUCAGUUGGUGAAUGGAUACUGCAGAUGAAGGAAUAGAGGAAAGAACAUCUCAGGUCUUUAGCACUGUGUUUCCUCGAUUCCUCUCUCCUUACAUUUCUUCCUUCCAUCUUACAUGGGCAGGAUUAAGAAAAGACACAAGUGAGGGAAAUGACAGCCCAUAGAAGAGACUUGAGCAACAUCCAUGCAUCACAUAAACAUAAACAUGACAGCAAGUAUAGUGUAACUCCAUCAUUAGGGAAGCUUCCAUAAACAUGCAAUUGCAAUUAUGAAACCUUCAUUACAUUUUGGUUAGGUUAAGAAGUAAACACUAUGUGAAAGGCCUCACAUCAUACACUGGACUCAAACCCUACUUGCUCCUAGCCAUCCACUACUGUCACCUCCUCACCCUGAUUCUCUGCGUCUAAAUACUACUUCACCUAACUUACUCCUUUGCUCCUGUCAUAAUUACUGUGAUCACUAGGUUGCCAAACCAUAAUGUAUAACUGUUGGUGAUAAUAACCUGCUGGCACAAAUGACCCACUGAGUCGUUUUUAGAGGAGGACAGUCUCAGCCGAAAGCAACACAAAGUGUGUCAGUUUUCAUUGGAAGUGGAAAUUUAUUCUAUGAAAAUGUCUUAUGCUAUUAAUGAUGCAAUAAAUAAAUAAAAAUUCCACAAAUAGUGGCUUUAAGGACAAACACACCCCACUUCUAACACUGUGUUUCAGAUGUAAAUGUAUAUUUUGUACAAACAUGGUAGUUACUUAGCAUGUGAGAGACAAUUGCACUGUAUUAACUUGCUCAGUCUGCCUUCCAGUGGUUAAAAUAAGCAGCUGGUGUUCAUCAGCAGAUACAGUACAGUAUAUACUGUGCCAUACAUACACAGGUAAUGCUAUAUACUGCAUAAUGUGUUGUGUCUCAAAUGUACAGGUCAAUUGAAGAUGUUCAUCUUUAAUAUUUAAGGUUUUUCAGAAAUUUUUUUUUAUUUCACUUGAUUGCACCUAAAAAUAAAAGAAUUAUAGAAGCUAAGAUGUAAACAAAAACACAUUUACAUACAUACAGAGGUGUUUACACUAACAAAUAUUCACAUAUGCAGUAUAUGAAUUUAAAAGUAAACGGAGUGGUAGGAAGCUACCAGUUUUUACAAAAACAAGAAACACACGAGGAGAACAUUCAAUUAAAAUAAGGCCAGGACAUUGCUUUAAAUUUAAUACAGAGGACUGAUAACAAAUUUUACUGAUAAACAUGGUGAAUAAAUCUAGUUCUGUACCAUAUACCAAUACAGAACUCUGUCAGCAGAUUUUUCUUAGGAGGAAUUCUGUUUGUUUUAAAAUUUAAAGUUUGGAAGUACAUUGAAAAGCUCAAGCGCAAUUUAAACAACAUUUAAUUUAGGAAUGUGCACCAUGUGAGGACAAUAUUCACUAAAAUCAGUUCUUAGAACUAUGAGAUUAAUACAGAAAUCACAUGAAUUACUAAUGUAUAUUAGUGGCUCAAAUUCAGAAAUAAAUUGGACACCCCUCGGCAAAUUUCAUAUUUUGUUAACUUUAGAAAUAAAAGGAAAUAAAUGAAACCCCUGCAGCAGUAAUAGCAGACAGGAAAUGUCAUCAGGAACUGUCAGGUGAAAUUCUGACUCUGCAGUCCUUGUGGUAACAGUCAACAAUAAUACUCCUCUCUGAUGAUCUAAGAGAUGCCUACUAAAUGUGAGUGUAUGAAAAGUUAUCAGUAUACUUCUUGCCUGAAUUUCCACUGUCUGAGACAUAAUUAAGAAAGUUAGGGGAACUGUGGAUGCCAUGACAAGAUCUGGAAGAUCAUGAAAACUUGCAGAUCUGACUGGACAUUUGCUGGGUAGAAGGGCAAAGCAAAGCAAAACUAAAUAAAGAAAGAAAACAAAUAAAAGGUUUAAUCAUUGCAGAGGAGCAGGAGUGGUGGUGCCAUUGUGUAGUGAUGAUGCACAAAUAUAGAAGAGUCAUCAGAAGGAAACUAAAUCUGCAACCUCCUUGCAAAGGUCAAAAGCCUGCAAAGCAACAUUUGAAUAAGUCAGGGUGGUUUUGGAAACAAGUGCUGGUUAGAGUGGGGGUUAGAGUGUAGAGUGGAUUCCACUAAAACAUCAGCAAAUUGUGGAUGUAGACAUCAGGCAAUCAGUCAAAUUGAAACUUAAAGGAGUCUGAGCUUUACAACAGGACAAUGAUGAGAUUGCAUACAACAAAAGUUGGUAUGACUCUCAUACACAUCUAUAUCAUAUACUUAGUAUAUACAACAGCA